AUGGGCGUUUCAUCCAACUUCUUACGACUUUCAUCUACGGAAUCAAAACCAUGUUACAAAAUUCUAGGGAAUCCUGGAAAAAGAAAAAACCAAGUAAAUCUUGAAAGUUUCUGGAAACAUAAACAACGAUUCUUAACUGACACCCAAAAUGCUUCCAGAAGAAUUUUGGAGAGACAGAACCGCAUCUCAGAAGCAGGCAGAGGUGCAGAAAUUGAUACAGUUGAAACUCAAAAAAAUAUGUCACCUUAUUCUCUUAUAUUUCUUACUGAAACCUAUUUUGCAUCGAAUAUCAGCUUGUGGUGUAGUUAA